AUGAACAACACUAACAGUGAUCAACAUCAUCAUCAACAACAACUCCAAAGAACUACAACUACUACGACGACUACACCACUACAGCAACAGCAUCAACAACUACAACUCCAACUACAAACACAACAACAUCAACAUCAACAACAACAACUAUCACAGCAUCCACACCAACAACAACAGUGUGCAAAGUUAUCAAUUGUUAUACAUAGAUUGGUUAAGGAAUCAUAUAAUCAACUGAUAGCAUUAUCUGAGCGAUCAGUAUCAUUAAAGGAUGUUGAUAAGAAGCGUGCACUCAUUGAGUACUUUGAUCAGACACGUGAGAAGUUUGUUCGACUCCUAGUGCUACUCAAGUGGUCAUCCAUCGAUACACUCACUCGUGCAAAUGUAGUGUCUAUAUCUAGAUCCUGUACAACUGAACAUUCAUCACUCACUCAUUCAAUCACUCGCCAUUCCAAUCACCAGGAGAUCAUUCAGAAGUUGAACCAAGAGGAUUCAUAUUUCAGGGAUGCAGCAGACCUUUUGAUUCUGACCAAGGAUAACUUGGUCAAUGCGCGAGCACCAAUAUACGAUGUACCAACUGCUGUCGAUGUUCUCACCUCUGGAACAUAUCAGAGGAUGCCAACAAACAUUAGUAGUGUCAUUCCACCAUCCAGACUAUCAAUCAAUCAGGUGUCAAGCGUGUAUGAUAGAUUGAACAAUGUGAUAUGCUACAAACUGUUCACUAGUACGAUACCAAAGGAGUUUGAACCGAUUCGUGUGGAGAAUGGCAAGGCACACAUCGUCGUGAAGAAUCAAUACGAGGCAUUCCUCUCGAUCGACGGAGGCAAUGAGAAGGACAAUUGGAUACUGCUAAACUUUAGUCUGUGCAUGCAUGAUCAGCGCGACAAAGAUCCCAACGACCCCACCCGAGUGGCCUACGACUCCAAGAUGAAACAGAUCACCGAUCGAAUCCAGAGCAGACUGUUGCAGUCUAAGCAACCAUUGUUUGAGCUACAUAGUAUCAUUCACUACCUUGUGGUAUCAUCACAGCUUGACUUGUUAUCAUCACAGAUGGAGUCACUCAAGAAGACAGCCUUUCGCAACAACAUACGAUGUGUCAAUGCUAAAGACCAAUCACUGUCCAUUUUCUAUUGGAUAUCAGAGGAUAUUGCACAUUCCGUUGGCAGCAUGGAUGCCAAGAAGCACAGUAACCUCAAGAUAUCGAUUGAUGACAAUCACAACCUACACAUUUCACAUACGCCUCUAUUGGUGGCAAAGAGUGAAGCAUUCUUCAAGCUUUCAUCACUCAACAUUGAGACCAUAUUAUUGCGAACCAUUGAGCUACACUCACAUUUCAAAGUGCAGGUGCUACAUGCACAUCUCUUUGAGGACUUCAAGUCAAGGGUCAAGCUACAGUUACAACAACAACAGCAGCAGCAGCAACAGCAACAGCAACAACAGCAACAGCAACAACAGCAGCAGCAGCCACCAUUACUACUGGGUGGCAGUAACAAUGCACCAUUGUUGACAUCGACCAAGUCAUUCCAGUUGAAUGAGUUCAAGAUGAUACAUAACCAUCAGCAGUUGGGUACACAUUGUCAGCAACAGCAACAGGACAACGAUGCCAUACCGACUGUAUUGCGCAUUCGACUGUAUGAUUCCAGUUUCCUAGACAUCACUGUCAAUUUCCAGACUGGAAAGUAUCAGAUCAUGCCAUGUCCUGCAUCACCAUCAACCGAAUCAAUGGCGCCAUACGAGGCCAAACUGAACACAGUGGAUCCAAACAAUCAAAGACCCAUUGUUUCCAUUGUCAAUAUAUUCAAGCUAAAGUCAUUGCUCACAUGCUUCAAGGAGGCCACAGUAUUCAUGAAGAUGGAGAGCUUCUACAAGAUACCACUGGCAUGCAGUUUGUUCACUGAACCAAACUACAUUUGUAUACGCUUCCCCAAGUACAAGGACCUCUAUUAUCUAGUCAUCACAAUCAAUCAGAGCACAUUCAUGCCCACCUUUUAUUUGAUAUGUUGCAAACAAACACCAUCAUCAUCUAUACUAUCAUGCGAAUCGAUCAAGAAGAUUGAGAACCAGGACCUGAUCAAUUUGAUCAAGGAGUGCGAUUGUGGCACAACUUGCAGUGGCCCACAGUUCAAGACUAGGGUCAACUCAUUGUUGAAGCAGGUGAUCACUCUGUGCAGACUGCAGAUCAACAUUGACAGUGUGGUGCAGUACAUGGGACAUCAAUCACACACAAUCCACGAGGACCGUAUCACAUUCCUGUAUCAACCACAGGACGCUGUUAUCCAAACCAAUCAGAUGACCAUCACAUUCCCCGAUGACCGUCACUGUGCCGUCGAAUUCACUGAGCAAUCAUAUCUGGCCGAUCUCCAGAGUACGACAAACCAACAUCUGUCCUAUAGUGAUGGACGUUGGAGUUUCAUAUAUAGCACUUCUACCGAUUGGUUGACAGCUUUCAAGAACGACUUUGGAUCAGCCAAUAGGAUAGUGUACAUGGCAUCACAACUAAUCAAACAAUUGCGCACAUCACAACUCUACCAAGACCUCUUCCAAAUCAUCCACAUCAAACCAACAGAUAUUGAGUUCAUUAAUCUGAACCAUUACUCAAACUGCAAGUCAAUCAUCAGAAUAUAUACCAACAAGACAACGAAUCGAAUGGUCGUUGACUAUCAACCGUUUAUCAAUCCAAUGUUGCCCUUCUUUGAGAAGGAGCUGAACGACACUCUAAACAUUGGCGCACUGCUUCACUCCAUAUCCAUAUCAUACGAGAUAGUGUUUGCCCUGCGGCUUCACGCUGUCUCGCCCAACGUCCCACAGUUCCUUCCACUUGACAUUGCCAUCAUUCCAAGAUCAUCAAACCUCAUUCGAAUGACCUACAAGAACUGCUAUGGCAUUGAAAUAAGAUUUGUAUCCAACGAUCAUUGCAUCGUUGAGGAUUCGUACUUCUCGUGCUUCUACUCAAUGUCACCAUACUCCUCACAGCAAUUGAUGAGACCAAAGCUCACACAGAUCCCAAGCUUCCAAUCAAUUAUGGAAUACAAGCUCAAUGUUCCAGCGUUGGACAUCAACAUACAAGGCAACCGCUCUUCGUGGUUGGUACCAAUGAAGCAGUUCCGAUCAGCGUUGCAAAAGAUACUUCACUUCCUAGUGUGCAUCUACUCUGUCAACUAUUUCAAGACUAUAAUCAAGACUGGAGAGUUUAGGGAGGUCUAUCUUGGAUCAAGUAGCAUCAAGUUUACAACCGAGACCAACAUCUUCCAGAUUCACAUCAAGGACUACUCGUCCCUGGAGCUAGAGGUGGCAAACAAACCAAACACUAGCUCAGUAUUGUCCAAGAUUGAGUUUGAUGCACUGGCAAUAUACUUCAAAAAGAAGACUGGCGCCUCUUCUUUCAGAAGUCAGACGUACACCAACUUCUUGCAGUUGUUCACUGUGCCUCCUCCAGUCCUCCUGGAGAUUCUCAAGAUAUUGAGAGGUCACCAUGAGAACAAAUAUCUCUUUGAUCUCAGCUUCAGUUCACCAACGCCAAGGAGCUCCCAUCGCGAGUCCUUCCGACAUCACAAGGAGAGGAACUUAGUUCAGCUAAUACUACGAUACCACGAGCGUCAAGACCAUACAGCAAAGGUUGGCGCAGCAACAGAUGUCUUUAUCGACGUUCCACUUUUGUACAACUAUCAGGCACAAACUCUACUCUACUGGAACCGCAAUGACCAAGCCAAUCCCGAUUCAAACAACAAUCUGUCGCCAAUCGACAAUGCCAAGAAGCAAGCUAUCGCUCAAAUCAAGGCGGACAUUGUCACAACAAACUCCUCUUCCAACAGCAUCAACAGCGAACUAACAAUCCUACAACAAUUUGCCAAACGUCUUCAUGACUAUGCGCCGCAAUUGGUCCAAGCAAUAGCGCUUCACUCAACCUCGCCAACAUUGGCUGCCACCAACCAUACAACAACAAGCCUCUAA